UCCGGGAGGUCACUUCCUCCCCGUCUCCUAGCAACGGCGAGAAGCGUUGUUGACAUCCCGAGCAGCAGGAAAGCCGGACUGAGCCGAGUCUCGUCUCCCGCGCGAUGGCAGAGGUGGAGGAAACCCUAAAGAGGAUCCAGAGCCACAAGGGGGUUCUUGGAACUAUGGUUGUAAAUGCAGAAGGCAUUCCGAUCCGAACAACCUUGGACAACUCAACAACAGUUCAGUAUGCAGGACUUCUUCAUCAGCUGACUAUGAAAGCCAAGAGCACCGUCCGGGACAUUGACCCUCAGAACGACCUGACGUUUCUUAGGAUCAGGUCAAAGAAACACGAAAUCAUGGUAGCUCCAGAUAAGGAGUACCUUCUGAUUGCCAUUCAGAAUCCGUGUUAGGAGACAGCCAAGUCUGCCCUGCGACUCGAGGUUGGAGACACUGUACCCUGUAGUGACUACCAAGAUUCUAUUCCCAUCUAACUGCUCUCUUGGAUAUUAUCUGUUUUUACAUUUACACUAUCCUACAUGUCUCAUUAGUCCCUUUUGAAUAUAUUAUAAAGUUGUGAUUUCACUAUAUAAUAAAUAAAUUCUGGUA